AUGAACCCCUUUUUUCUUGAUGAGGAGGAAUAUUUUGAGACUAUUAAUGAGGAGAGGGGAGCGUCCAGUAGCAGUGAGGAGAAUUCGGAUGAUUCCGCGCCUACUUAUUCUAAGCACAAUGGCUCGAACCAUUCAGAUUCUCCAGGAACUUCCAAUCGGCUCAAAAAAGCUUCUAUUUAUGAUCGUUUAUGGAAAAGAGAAGUUUUUAGGAAUAAUAAUCUUCAAUAUUGUUUUACUAUUUCAGAUCGGAAUACGAACUUCAUUUCCCAAGCCUUGUAGGAGUAUAGCGCAUACUACUUUCAAGUUUCAUAACCAGAAAGGGCCUGGUAGCUUUCGGAACUAUCACUAGUAAUAAGCCUUCAUUUUCUAGAAUUCUAAUGCUUCAUUUUCAGUAUGAUGGGAAGAAUUUUGAAGAAUGAGAAAUGCGGGUUCUUGGGAAUGUCUCGCAACGGAGUCUAUCUGAUAGCCUUGUCGUUGUACAGAGAGGAGAUCAGAGCUCUGUUCUUCACUUUGGACGGUUCAAUCGCAGCUUUAGUAAGAAUUAUUUGAAAAUAACAGUUUUCCGGGUAUUUCAGGCCAUGGAAGCUCAUUCCAAAACGAGAGAAGAUAUUCCUUUUAUGCGAGUUUACGAGCCGAACAACUCCCACUUCUUCCUGUUGCAUUCCAUGAAAAGGUAGUCGAAAAGGGAGUUUCGAAAAUCUCAAGAAACCGAUUAAGAUGCUGCGAAACGAGUCUAGAAAAUACAAAUCAUGAAGUUCACAUCGAAAUGGUUCUACCUGAGGAAAAGGUGCUGCUUUCUUUCCAGUUCAUUGCCACCUGCAUUUGGCGAGCAACGGAUAAUAAAAAGUGUAAUUACUUGGCCAUUCUGAAUCAAUUUUUUCCGUUUAGAAGUUUUUUCCGUAUCUCUGAAGAAGGUUUCGUUUUUAACAAUUGCACUUCGUUGGUUGCAGCUCGCGUGUCGAAGUUCAUACCUGAUUAUUCUAAAGUCCCUGGGGGAUAUUUCAUUGUUCGGGUUGGUUCUUUUUAAAUUGUAAAGUUUAAAGCUCUUCUUUAUUAAAAAAAUGAUUUCUCAGUAAUUUUUUCCACUUUUGUUCCUGUCGUGAAAUACAUAAUCUUUGAAGACUUGGAAAGUCGUGGAAGGAAACUCCUUCGACGAACUUUUCGAAACGAGUGUCCCAAACGUUUCUACGAACGUCGGGGAGAUUAUCUGGGCCUCUUCCGCCAAUCCGCGUUUAGCUAAAAAAGACCUUCAUUUGCAGGAAAUCACCAGUUAGUUCUUCACAAGUAAAGAGAUCUUGAAAUAAAAUUCAGAGAGGUCGAAACUGAAAGAAGAGGACAAGAAGGGCUUAUUUUUGACGACUCUUACGUUGAAUUUCGACGCGAUCAUCGACAGUUUGAUCCCGAAGAAUAUUAGGAAGAUUGACAGAUUAAAGGGUUCGAAAUACCUGGGAUGCACUGAUUAUGAGGUUCGUUUCUGAUAAUUUCGUGAUUUUCAGGAUAUUUUUCUCAUUUCUUCCUAAAUUUGUUAGGGCCUUUACUUUAGGAUUUUCUAAAAAUGCAGACUUUUCGAAGCUUCAAGAUAUUCUGUUUUACCUCGUUAGUUAGCCUGUUAAAAAAUCUUUACUUUUUUCUUGAAGGUUUAGGGAAAAUUUGAUGAUUUUUCGAAGAGAAUAACAUUUUUCAGUGUUAUUAUGAUAAUGUGAAGCUCCUCUAAUACUUCAGUGAAAUUUUUUGAAUUAAAUAUACCUUUUUUUGAAAUUGCCCAUAUGUUUAAACCAUUCUUAUCUUCUUACUCUAUCUUUUUUUUAUUUUAAGAAAAAUAUUUAUGUCGAUAUUCUGGACAUUUUCACCUCAAAUCUUGAUGAUGCAAGACUUUUGAACCUUCAAAACCUUUUUUUGAAUAUAUUUUUAAAAAAAUCUUCAAGAAGUUCAGAAUUCGUCUUUCAUGAUUUAAUGGUUUUCUCCUUUCUAUUUAUCAUCGUACAGUUUAGAAAAGGUUUAAUAAAAAACGGUUUUUCGAUCACAACUUCUUUGUUUAAAGUUUGAUGUUUCUGAAAUUUUCUGGAGUAAUUAUGACUGUGAAACACAUUGUAAACUCUGUCAAGGCAAAGUCGGAAAGGGUGGAAAAAGGCUCCAUAGAAAUGUUCCUUUUGGGGUGACAAAGGUUCCUUUUUUGCCGCCUUUUUGCUCCAUUUUCUCAGGCCUUAUGCACCAUUUUUGCUGUCUCUCCCUUUCUGCACCAUUUCUUCAGCCUUUAAAUUUCUAGAAAAAGUGGAAGGACUGAUAAAGGGACUCUUUUUGCUGCCUUUCUGCCACCUUUUUGAGCCUAUUCCUUUUAGCGGCCAUUCUCCACCAUUGCCCGAGGGUUGAGUUUGUUUUCAAAAAGUUUUAUAGAUUUUUAAAAAUAUCGAACUUCUACAAGAAAGUUGUGACCAAAAAAUGUUUUCCGCAUUUUUUCAGGCGGUACUGUAUUAUCCGAAAACUUUUCUAGGUUGAUAUUUUGGACGUGUACAAGGAAAAAUUCUCAAGCAUCUGCAAAUUUGUCAUUUUUGCCGUUUGCGAGAUCCAAGUUUGUUGCGGUUAGUACGAUUUUUUUUUUAAACUUAAGCCUACCUUAUUUUUCAGGCCCUAAGCCAGGCUUGGCUUUGCACCAAGAAAAUUCCGAGGAAAAUGUGACCAGGAAUGAGUUUCACCUGUUCCGCGUGCAAAUGGAAUGGUUUUCCCAUAUUUUAAGGAGAAAAUAAUGAGAUUUCCAAGGAACAUGACCACUGGAAUCCCUGCCACUAAAGCGAUCACUAUAGUGAAAAGGCUGAAUCCGGACCGGGCUUUCCAAACGACGCGUUGGUAUCCGCUGAAGAAAUAUCCGUUUGUCGGGAACGACGACAUGCGUUUCAUCAGUAAUGAACACAUUUUCACGAGUUUGUCUUUUUUUAAAAGUAGUUUUUCUUGACAAAAGGAGUCUCCUGAUCAGUUUUUGAAGCUCAACACGCUGUCUCCGUAAUUCUCAAAAUCAGUAAUCCCAAAAAAAAAAAAAUUAUUUUUCGAUUUUGAUGAAGCUUCAUCCAAUGUGAUGAACUUUUUGAGCCAUUCCCUCUUACCGUAGCCGGGUUACGGUAGGUGGGUGUCCACCUGCACAUCUAACAAUCGAUGAGUCUUUUAUGGGCAAGUUGUAUAUUAAUCGAUAGGUAAGGCGAUUUUUUGAACUUUUUCAGUACAUACCAUAUUAGGUUACUGUGGAAUUUUUUUGAGAUACGGUACUUUUUGUGUUCGGGAAAAAAUCUUACCGUUUUCAUGGAUUUUUUCCAAUGUUCACCGCGUAUAUUUUUCACAGAGAACCCGUAGAAACUUGAUUUUUCGUGUUUGAAGGAGCUUUAUUUGCUAAAAAAAUACUUUUUAAAAAUUAAUGAAAAAUAGAUUUUUCUAUGCUUGCUCCACAGAGAAAAACAAGAUAAGCGCUCAGAGAUCCUGAAAAAAAGCUUAGUGCGAUUUAUUAAAAUUCCCCGUUUUUCGACGAACUUGCACGUUUCUGUUUUUUCGAACCACGAAAAAAUGACUUUUGGGAUUUUUAAAUGUAGAUAUUUCACUGAUAACACGAAAAAAAAGUUUAUUUUAAAGGAAUUUCCUUCACAUUUAGCCCACUGAAGCCUAUGAAAAAGUAAUAAUUAAUGAUAUUAGGGUUUUUUCUUCAAAACACAAACAAGAAGUCAAAAAUGAACCCGGAAAAAAAAAUCCACUAUCGUAAGGAAAUAUAGCCUUCAAGUUCACACUUUUUCGAAAGGCCUUUUUUAUUUAGGCUAAAAAAAUGGGCUGAUCACUUUUUUUAUGUUCAUGUUUCUGGUGCAGAUUUCACACAGAAAACAAGAAAAAACAUGGUUUUGAAAGUAUUUUCUUCACACCUGAGCCACUGAAGCCUAUGAAAAAAAGAUCUGAUUAAAUAAAUUAGGUUUUUUUCUUCACGACAGAAACCAAAAAAAUCAUUUGCGACCGGUUUGAUGAAAUUUUCCCUUUUUCAAAAAAAUUUAAGAUUUUUUUCUUUGAACUACGAUAAAAAAAGUUUUUUUGCAGAGAAAAAACCGACGGCUCUACACAGUGAGAAUGGCUUCAUUCGUUUCUAACUGAACUAUAAUUAAUUUUGAAAAAAUUACUUGUAAAUUUAUUGCUCGUGUCUGUGAAUAUUAUAUUCAUGAUGAUCAUAAAUCAGUGUCUUUUUGUUUUGAAAUGUGUUGUUUUUUUCGAUUUUCAACGGUUCUUGGCCGUUUGAUAUUUACAUCUUACUUUGCGGAUUCAACCCGAAUAUUUAUUUGAACUUUUUUUCUUAAUUUUUUUGUUUGAUAAUUUUAAUGGCUUUUUUUGGAUAUGAAAUACCUUUUUCACCUAUUCAUAAACUUUUUCAAAGAUUUAAAGACUUUAAUCUCUGAGUUUCACCCUUUAAUAUUGUUUUUCUUGGAAAAACUGAUUCAGGUUUUUUUAAGGUACCAAAAAAAUGCCGCCAGACCGAAUAAGUGAAUCGCCGCCACCACCACCUAGAGGUUUUUUUGAAAUUGCUUUAUAAUAAUAAAAAAAGAAGUCGCCUUUUUCAUUGUCGACGAGAUUUUUUUCGACCAUUUUUUUGUCAAUUUCUGAAUUUUUCUCGAUGAUUUCAAUCUCGCUCAAAUGGUGAACUGUCGAAUUUCUUCGAGAAAAACCAUGUUUCCGUUUCAAAACACUUUCAUUAGGAAAUUGAGUUUUGAAAAAAGUAAUUGUGCUUACUUAAACUUAGGGUUUGCUCGAAUACAUUUGAAAAAAAAAGUUCCUUCUUGUUUAAUAAUUCACGAACAAGACAACUUUUUUUGAAGUUUGGAAUUUCCCAAACUCGGCCAGAACAUUCUUUGAUCUACCGGAAAAAAAAAUCUUAAAAGUUUCAAUUUGCAAAAAAAUUUUUCAGUUUUUUUGAAAAUGAGGUCUCAAAAAUCCCAAAGUGGUCUAUUUUAACAGAUUUCAUGGAUUCCUUUGUCUUUGAGGUGUCUUUUCUUGGAAAUUAGAAAAUUCUGCAGGUUGAGACUUUCAGAAUCUUUUGAGAUCACAUUGGGAAAUUUCUGAAACUGAAACAUGAAAUAUUAUGUAGGAGUUCGAGGAAUUUUUGAGAUUUAAUUAAUGAGAUUCACUAGAAGAAGUACGGAAACGAUCAAAUGAAAUUGUGGCCAGUUUUCAGAAAAAUCCUUACCAGAAAUUCGAACCAUUUUUUUUUGCCAGGAAGUCCACUUUUUCAUUAUUACCCGACGAGAUUUUUUUCCAUUUUUGUGCUUCUUGUUGAUAAUGAAUCUCAAAAAUGCCUUGCGAAUUUCUGAUGUUCUCGAUGGGAUUUCUAUGAGGAAGAUUAUAUUUCACUUUCAAAAAAAGUUCCAUUAGGAAGUUUAAUAAAUAACAAACAAUAGUAGUUUCGUGGCUUUAUCAUGUCCUUCAACCAAUAAAAAAGAUUUUUUUUUGCUCAUAAAUUCACGAAAAAGGUUAUUUUACUUUGCUAUUGGAAGUUUCCUGAAAAUCGGCCAGAAUACUUCUUGAUGUACCAGAAUAAGAUUCUAAAAAUCAAAAAAAAUAACUCAACCUGCAAAACUUUUCGGUUUUCGUGAAAUUAGGGGCCCAAGUCUCAAAAUAAGAAGUUUAAACGGAUUUUGAGUGUUUUCUCUGUCUUUUGAGGCGUCUUUUCUUGAGAACUAGCAUUUUGUUGAAAGUUGGGACUCUCAGAAUCUUCUUCUGGUGUAUUCAAGGAAAACCUGGCCAAUUUUAAGAAAAAUCCUUUUGAAAUGACCUUCCUUGGGAGAAAUAAAGUCCCUUUUUUCAGUGUUGCGAAUUUUCCGACGAGAUUAUUUGUCCGUUUUUGUGCUCCUCCUCGUGAAUCUUCUCAACUACAUGGAUCGCUACACGAUUGUUGGCGUUUUGGACCGUCUGACCACAUAUUUUUCGAUGAACGACAAGCAAUCCGGAAUGCUUCAGGUGCAAAACCAGAGUUUUCUGUUUAGAAUUCGAUUUUUCAGACGGUUUUCAUAGUCUUCUACAUGAUUUUCGCCCCGCUUUUCGGAUACCUGGGCGACAGGUACAACCGGAAAUUGCUGAUGAUCGUCGGAUUGGCCGUUUGGAUCGUCGCGGUCAUGUUGUCCUCCUUUGUGGGACCUCAGGUUAGGAAUUUCAAAAAAAAAAAGGGAGAUUUUUCGAAAUUUUUGUCGUAACUUUUAGCGUUGAAGGCUCCAAAAUAUUUUAAUAUAUAUAAUUACUUAAAAUAGUUUCUUGACUGUCGUAGGAAACAUUUUUUUCUGAAAUUCGCAGAACUUUUGCUUUAAAUUUUUUUAGCCUUUUUUUCUCAAAUUUUAAUGAUUUUCAAGUUUUCAAAAAAAGGGGUAUUAAAAAGUUUUAAAAAGAUUUAGGUCAAAACAAGAAAAAGGUGAGCAAAAUUUUUUUUUGGUAUUUUUUCUUGACGGAUUUGUAGCAAGUGAGAAGUAUAUUUUGAUAAAUUUUCGAAUUUCGCGAUUUUUCCAGCAUUACAUGCUAUUUUUGCUGCUUCGCGGCGUCGUCGGCAUCGGCGAAGCUUCGUAUUCAACGGUCGCCCCGACGAUCAUCGCCGAUACCUUCACCGGAUCGGCCAGAAGUCGAGUCCUCAUGAUCUUUUACUUCGCCAUACCUGUUGGAAGGUGCUUGAAAAAGAGUGGUUUUGUUUUGAAUUAUGGAGUUUUUCCGAGAAAAAUAUCCUUUAAUGUUCUAGAAGAGUUCCAUACAUCGGCUGGACCUUUCACGCGCGAAAAUUUUUUUUUAAUUUACUGAAAUAUGCCGCAUUUUUUUGAGAAGUAGGCUGCAUCUCCGGGUUCGGCUCAGCCGACGUAAGAAGAGUUUUUUUAGAAGUUGUAAAGUGCAGAUUUGAGAAAAAUUUUGAUUUUGAGAUUUUAAAAUUCAAUCUGACCUUUCAUAUGCAUACAUUUUUUUAAAAUUAAUUUUGUGAAAGUUUUAUUUAACUUAGAGUUCUCAAAAUCUUUCCCCAGUACACCGAGGGAUUGUUUAUAGGGAAAUUCAUUUUUUUUUGGGGUUGGGGAUUUUCUUCAAAGAAAAAAAUUCAUCUCAAUCUUUCUCUGGUUGAUUGAAGACUCCUCUGCACAAUUUUCAGUAAAUUUACAACGGAAAAGUAAAAAGAAUUUCAGAAAGUUUUCAGACAGUUCACAAUCAAAAAAAUAAAAAAAUAUUUGAGGAAAUUUUUCGGAGACUUCCAGAGUUCAAAGCUAAACGACUUUUUCUUAUGGAAGAUGAGUUUUAUUAUUUAUUUAGUGGCCUCGGCUUCAUCUGCGGAUCCCAUAUCGCUCUGUUGUUCGAUUCCUGGCAAUGGGGAAUCAGGUUUGAAAUAGGAAAUUCUGUAAUGAAUAAUGAAAGCUGGCAUUGAAUAGCCCUUAAUUAGAAAAAAAAAAGUGUAGAAAAGUGGCCCAUAAAAAACCAGAUUUUUUCAGGCCAACGCCUCUUUUUUCUUGAUUUCUAUAGAAUUCUCAUCCAAAUGGCUAUUUUUUCUCAGCUUUCUUUUCAUAUAUAUUUACUAGAGCCCUCAGAAAGUUGUUUAAAAAAAUAAAAAUUUUGCUGAAAAUUCAAUUAUUCAUUUUUGAGAGCUCUUAUGUUCAGGAAAUUUCAAAAAUGAGGAAAUUUUUUAAGAUUCACGCCCUUGAUCGGAAUAAUUUGCCUGUCGAUGAUUGUUUUCGUGCUCGAGGAGCCGGUCCGUGGAGGCUCCGAAGGCGCCAGAACCCAUACUGGACCGACCUCCCUUCUUGAGGAUCUUCGAUACCUGACCAAAAUGUUGGUUUAUUGUUAUGGGGACCAGUGAAGAUGUUGUUGGAGGUUUUUAGAUUGAUUUUUGAAAAAAAGAAAAAUUUUUUUUGUUCAUAGUGAUACAUAGGAUAGUCUCGGCAAGACCUGAAAAAGUGGAGGAGACUUGGCAAAAAAAAAUGAGAAAAGGGGGGGUAGGCAAAAACCGUAAAACGGCAAAAAUCGGCUACAAAUUCACUCUCUGAAGCCUGUUCACCCACUGGUAGACAUUAAAGGGUCGAACUGGAUUGAUUCAAUGGUUCUGAAUUCGAAAAUAACAACGAAAAUAAGAUACAAAAAUUAAUGACGGCUCAUUUUUCAAGGUUCAAUUGAUUGGCAGAACCGAUUUUUUUUCCUUUGUUGGAAGAGAUCGAAAAAUUUGUGCUCGGCUGUCACCAGUCAUGCUCAUCCCAUGUGUAUGCUUAUAGUUUGUCCAGAUGUUGAAUGUCAAGUCGUCGCCCAAACUAUGCCCCUGAAGGCGUGACAAACCAAUCAAAUAGCGAGCCACCCACAGAGUGUUUUUGAAUGACGUCAUUGUACUUGACAUUAAAAAUCUGAACAGACUGUAGUAUCAAGAACAGGAAUAGUUGAGUUUCCAGGAGAUUGAGAUAUCGGAUGACUUUUCAGUAGAACGUACCAUCUGACGACGUUGGGAAGUACUGCCGGGAUAUUUGCCGUCGGAGCUUUGAGCUGGUGGACCCCGUCCCUCGUCGGCCACGGCUAUGCAAUUAUACAUGGCUUGAAAGUCGUUCCUUUGGAUGAACAAGCCAGGUUUUCUUUUUCUUUUUUUAAGAAUACAGGGCUUUAAAAAGAUGAAAUAAAGAAUUUUUGUUCUUAUACUCAUGAUGGGAAUUUAAAAAUUUUUAGGACUUCAUCCGAAAAAAAUACAGAUUUUUUUCACGAUUUUGAGAUUCAAUAUGCUCAGUCAUUCAAAUUUCUAGAUAAUUAAAAUCAUCAGACUUUUUUUGAAGUAAAAAAAUAUCGAUUUUUUUGAAAAAGUAUUACGUUGAAAGGAGAAGUCAGAUUUUUUUAAAAACGUGAAUUUUUUUCAAUCUUUUCAAAAACCGCCAAAAAAAGAAAAAUAGGUUCACUUGAAAUUUUUUUGUGAAAUUUGACUAAUAAUUCAGUUUUUUUGAACUUGUGUAGUGCUAUUAAACGUGCUAAUUUCGAUAAGAUUUUAAUAUUAUAUUUUUUUCUGUUUAAAAAAAUUGCGCUUCUUCGAUUUCUACUUUACUAGGAAACGUUUCCGCCGGCCCUCUUCAAAAAUAUAUGAAGCCUCAAAGUUCAUAACAUACGCAAAUAAUGACAAAAAAAGUGCAAUUUCGGACUUUUUGAAUCAAAAAAAUUUCUAUUGCUAUAAUUUUUCCUGAUCCAUAAUCAGGAGGUCCUAACUUCAGCGAAGUUUCAUCAAAAGUUCAACCGGGAUGUAACAGAAAAGAUCCGAGUUAUAGUUGAUUCACGACUGGCUUAAAACAUUGAAAAAGGGUCUUGACACGAUAAUAAUUAGACAGUGCCUGUUUGGUGGAAAUCGCAGACAAGCCACGCCCCCAAGUUAGCCGUGAAUGACACUUUUUGGGCUUUCAUUUCCGUUCAAAAAGUGUUUGAGUCCAAUUUUUCAGCCUUCAACUCGUUUUCGGUCUGAUUACCUGCGCUGCCGGUAUUAUUGGCGUCGUUUUGGGCUCAUUCGUAGCACAGGUGAAUAUUUUCUCAUUUUGUUGGACAAAAAGAAUCUUAUCGGUGAAACAUGGACUUUUUCUUAUUUGUAGAUGUGGCGAGACGGUAAAGGCAUCUUCGCCGGCCACGCUUCCCACAGAGCAGACGCGCUUGUCUGCGGAUACGGGGCCUUGAUCGCACUCCCUUUCCUCUUUUCUGCCCUCGUCGUCGCCGAUCGUUCGAUUACUGCCACCUGGAUCUUGAUUUUCGUCGCGAUCACCUCGAUGUGCCUCAAUUGGGCUGUGAACAUGGAUAUUUUGAUGGUGAGCAACGGAAAAUUCAUUUUCUGUGGCUUGGAAAGCCUUGGUCGCACUGGAAAUGUUGAUUAUAAGUCAUGUUUACACCUAAUAAGCUUGCUAAAAGCUUGACUGUGCGCCUGCGCGUAAGUCGUUUCUGGUCGGAGGCGCUUUUAGUUCACCGCCAGCCCUCAAGAUUUCAAUAAUAAAAAAGGAGUUAUGAACUGUAGGCAAAUAGAAAUCUCUGUAAUUCUCAAAAACAGGAGUCACAAAAAAAAACUUGUUUUUUAAUUUCCAUGAAACUUCAUCCAGUGUGAUAACUCAUCAUUAGAAAUGCGGACGCAACUUUUUGACCCAUUCCCUUUUACUGUAACCGGGUUACGGUAGGUGGGUGGCCGCCUGCGUAUCUAAGAAUUGAUGAGUUUUUUAUCAGCAAGUUGUAUAUCAAUCGAUAGGUAAUGCGAUUUCAUGAACUUUUUCAGUACAUACCAUAUUAGUUUACUGUAGAAACGUUUUGAGAUACGGUACUUUUUGUGUGUUUUGACGUUGGUUUUUUGGUCGCUCUGAGCACAAGUGCCAUUUGCCGUAAUAGUUACUUGUAAAAUUUCCCCCAAAAAGAACGCGAUUUUUAUCAUAUCGGUCGUUUUCUAAAACCACCGGUUAAACAUACAAUUUUUUGUUUUGAAAAAGAAUGAAUUGCUUGAAAAAAUCCGAAAAAUAAGUUUCAAAAAAAAAAAAGGUUUGACCCCCGUUUGAAGUACCUAUUCCAUGUAUUCGAGCCAUUCCAAGUGCGACCAUAGCAUUAAAUUUAACUACCUAGCGCGAGAGAAAAGCGAUGUCGCUGGCGCUAAGUAGACAGUCUCGCGAAUGAACCGCCUUUUUGCCAUUUUACUUAUUGCGAUAUCGCAGUUUUCUCGCUUUUCCCAAGCUUACUACAGAAAAAAAAAUGCGUUAUCGCGUUAAGAGAAAUGCAAGACUGACGCGGCAAAAAUGUAGCAUUUUUGCGAUAUCGUCAACCGCCAGCAAGCUUGUUUUUCUACGUUGGAAGAUUAAAAAAUGCGAGAUCGCGCCGAGGAAUAGCGAUAUCGCGCCAAGGAAAUUGCAAGACUGACGGCGCGGAAAUGCAGCAUUUUCGCGAUAUCGUUUUUCUCUGCGCGGUUUUAUGUGGCUAAUAGGAGCUGAAGGCAAAUUAAUUAUAUCGUUUUUCAAAAACCAAUAUUGUGCCUUUGAAGUACGUGGUCGUGGCGAACCGAAGAGCCACUGCGAUUGCGGUCCAAACUCUCAUCGCCCAUCUUUUCGGAGACGCGACUUCGCCCUACGUCGUUGGAAUCGUUUCUGAUGCGAUUCGGGGUGAGUUUCAUAAAAAAAAAUAUGGAAGAAAAGCCACGUUUUUUGACUUUGUUUUCGUUCUUAAUGGUACACCGCUGUUAUGAGAUAUCUAUCUUUUUACGGUGGAAAGCCAUUAUGAAGGCCAAAUAUGAUUUCUCAACUAAUGAUUAAAAAGCCAGCAAUUUUGAGUUUCUAACUUUUUCAUCUUAGGUACCGGAGAUUCUCAAUUUGAGCUGUUCAAAGGCCUACAAACCGCCCUGUUUUUGCCGACAUUCUUGUUAGUUGCUUGUGGCGCGUUUUAUCUCGCCUCGUCAUUUUUCGUCGAAGAAGAUCGGCUCGAAGCGGUUUCCGACAUGGAAGGUAGGAAAAGCUUUUUUUACCAUUAUUUAUUAAUAACUGUUAUUUAGAAAUUUGAAAAAAAUCGAAAUUCUGAGCGUUUCAUGAACUAAAGCUCUAAUUUUAUUGAAUUUUCGAAGUUCGUGCGAAAAAAAAAGGGUCGAAAAAUAGUUCAGAUCAGAAUGGAAGAAUGGCAUUGAAUAUGGUUAUCGAUCUUUAGAUCUUUAGAAAAAAAUUAGAAAAAAAGGUUUGAAUUAACGAAAAAAAUUAAUGAGAAACUCUGUAUGCGAUUUGAAACCUGAAGCAUUGUAAUUUUUUUGAAAAAAAUUAUUUUCAGAUUUUUGAAAUUUUUUUGAAAUUUUUUUGCGAUUUAAUAGAAAAAAAUGAAUCUCUUAUUAAGUCCUCCUAUUCAUUUUGAUUCAUUCAGCCAUUUUUUUAAUUUAUUUAUGCCAAAAAAAUUUGUUGUUCAAUCUUUUAUUUUGACUUUUUUUAAAGCCUGAUUUCCAUUUUGACGUUUCUAUGCAAUCAAAAUGAGCCUUUUAUUUUUCUGGUCGACUUUUCACUCUGAACUUUAUAUAAUAUUAUAACUUUCUCAUCCAACCUUUUUUAACUUGAUUUUUCUUAGCCAAUCUUUCAUUUUAACUUUUUCUAGACAUUUUUCCACUUUGAUUUUUUCUAACCGAUCAAAGUUGUCUUUUUUCUGGCCCCCUUUCACUUUAACUUGUCUAACCAACCUUCCAGUUCGACUUUUUCUAGCAAAUCUAUCAUUUUGACCUUUUUUUUAAUCAAAUAUUCUCUAUAUUUCUCUAGCCAACGUUCCAUUUUUACUCUCUCCAGCCAACGACGUCUGGACGCCAGACGACUCGGAUUCGGAUGACCUGGCGCCGUUGGUCGAAGGCUACAACGCCGAAGACGUCUUCGGGACGGUCGAGUCUCACAGAGAGCCGAUAUGACGGCACGCAGAGGGGCAAGAUAAUGUUUGAAACGCCAUUUCGAGCCAUUUAAUCAAGUUCCCCGUGUUCCAGAAUGUUUAUAAUAAUGGCGCUCAAAAUUUCGUCGACUUUAGCAUCUUACCAAACGUCAUCACGGAUAAUUGGCACGAGGGACGCUUUCGGGUGAGUUUGGGGGUAAUAAAUUAUGGGAUUUUCACUGGAUUUUAUUAUAAGCCUAAUUAGGAAGGAAAGAUUAUGAAGCAUCCCUGGUGAUUUUACGAAGGUAUGAAAAAGUUGUAAGGUGAAAGGUACAUGAUUAAGGGAGAUUGGAUCUUGAAAAAAUAGUUUUUUUAAAAAUUGGCUUGGGUAUAAAUAUUUUCCUUAAAAUUGCGUCAAAUUUGUACCCAUGAGGUUAAAAAAAUCGAGGAAUUCUUUUUUUAGAACUGGAAUAGUGGAGUUUGAAGUUAAGAUUUGAAAAUGGAAGGAAUUUUUAAAUCGAAAGAAAAAAACGCGAAAUUUGGAUCUUGAGCAUUAAAAAUAACCGAACUUUACGGUUUUCGUAAAUAUUCAAAUUAAUAAAAAAACUUCUUUUUUUCGGUUCAUCGAUAAUUUCAAAAAUAAAUAAAAAUAAUUCCGGUAAAAAUAUAAUUUCAGUUUGUCGGUAGAGCGCACUAGUUUGGGAAAAGAGAGCUGUUUAUUUUUCGAAUAAUUUCUUUGUUUUAUUUUACUCGGUUACAAAUAUAGAUGAUCUGUCUAUACUCCAGACAACUAUAGAGGAAAUUUAGUUCCAUUUUGAUUUUUUCCUCAUUUUUGAAAUUGUUUUUUCAAAUAAAAUCUUAAGACCGAGGCUGAUGAAGCUUCGCCAAUCUGCAAAGUUCCGUCGUCCGAAUUGAAAGAUGCCGAUGAGACGUCCGACGAAGAUGAAACCUCAUAA